AUGUCCUACAAGAUUGCCGCCCCCGAUGAGUACCUUGCCGUUACUGGCAUGAACAUCAAGAAUGUUCUUAUCACCAAGGCCGCGUGGAUCUGGCCCUUCCAGAAGUGCACGCGCUUUUCCGUCCAACCGCACGACUAUGCUAUGAACUUACAGGCGAUGACAAAGGAGAAGCUGCAAUUCCUCCUGCCUGUCGUAUUCACAGUUGGCCCGGAUGUAAACAGCCGAGGAGCCAAUGCCAAGAGGCAAAAGGCCGGGGAAGCUCCGCAAGGGGGUGUUCGCGCCUCCGAGGAUGUGCAUUCCGAGGAUCGGGGCGACGCCCUGAUGAAGUACGCGAUGCUGCUGGCGGACUCGACCGCCGAUAACAAGAGCGCCCUGCACCUCGAGAACAUCGUCAAGGGCAUCAUCGAAGGCGAGACCCGCGUUCUCGUCUCGAGCAUGACCAUGGAGGAGAUCUUCACCGAGCGCGAGGAAUUCAAGCGACGCAUCUUCCGCAACAUCCAGAGCGAGCUCGACCAGUUCGGCCUCAAGAUCUACAACGCCAACGUUAAGGAGCUCAAGGACGCUGCCGGUUCCACCUACUUCCAGUCGCUCUCCCAGAAGGCCCACGAGGGCGCCACCAACCAAGCCCGUAUCGAUGUUGCCGAGGCGCAGCUCCGCGGUAACGUCGGCGAGGCGGAGAGGCACGGUCAGCAGGAGCGGUCUAUCGCCAAGAUCAACGCAGAGACGGCGGUGCAGAAGACGGACCGCGACGUGGAGCGGGCGGCGGCGGAGGCGAACCUGGCGACGCAGAAGACGGUGCUGACGCGGGACGUCGAGAUCGCGCGGAUCGAGGCGACGCGGGCGACGGAGUCCCGGGACGAGGACCUGAAGAAGGAGGUGGAGGUGAAGCGGGCGGCGGCGGAGCUGGAGCGGCUGCGGGCGGUGGACGUGGUGAAGGCGGCGAUCGCGCGGGAGUCGAAGCAGCAGGCGGCGGACGCGCGGGCGUACGAGGUGCAGGCGGAGGCGCGGGCGAACUUCGAGAAGUCGGCCAAGGCGACGGACGCGAGCGCGUACAAGACGCGGGUCGAGGCGGAGACGCAGGCGGCGGCCGACUACAACCGCACGACCAAGAGCACGGACGCGGCCGCGUACAAGACGCGCGCCGACGCCGACGCCUGGAGCCACGCGGCGGUCAAGAACGCCGAGGCCAACCUGCAGAAGAAGCUGCGCGAGGCCGAGGGCCUCACCGCCAUGGCCGAGGCCUACGCCAAGAUGAGCCACGCCUUCGGCGGCCCCGCCGGCCUCCUCCAGUACAUGAUGAUCGAGAAGGGCACCUACGUCGAGCUCGCCAAGGCCAACGCCGCCGCCGUCCACGGCAUGCAGCCCAAGAUCAGCGUCUGGAACACGGGCGCGGCCGAGGGCGGCGCCGGGGCCGCCUCGGGGGCCGCCGCCGACCCCGCCGCCUCGCUGAGGAAUGUGUACCAGCUCCUCCCGCCCCUGAUGUCGACGAUCCACGACCAGACCGGCAUCACGCUGCCCGAGUGGCAGUUCGGGCGGCUGCCGAACCACGGCAACGAAGUGGCGCGGCACGGGCAGUUCACGAACGGCAAGGCCGGUGAGUCCAAGUAG